AUGGAUGCUCCAGAGCACGAUCCAGAUAUCAAGCUUCAAAAGAGCUCCGCCGACUACAUCGCGGAUUUUGACCGAAGCCUGCUUCCUUUGAUAAAAAGGCACGAUGCAAACGGAACGACAAGUCUUCGAUCAAGAGUGCGGUCCCGGGAAACCGCUCGACUUGCGGUUCUUGUGCUUGAUCCUUUCCAGGAGAUACCUCAACUACUAGAUCCGCAUCUGCCGAAAUGGAUCCCUAUUCUCGGCGAUGCUUUGCUGGAGUAUCUGCAAAGCCCCUAUCGGCACAAAGCAUUGUCUACGCGGUCUGAACUCUUGAUGCCACUUCGCACCGCCAUCUGCGAUCUGCUGUAUCAUUUCUGCAAGAUCAGAGGCGAAAAGGUCAUCAUUCGUUUCCUCAGUGUCGAAGCGAGAUAUCUGGAGCUUCUAUUGUCCGCCUUGGAAGACGCCGAGCGAGAAACAGACCCUUCUACUUCAAGGCCCUCUCUCAAUACUUUGGGCGCGAAGCCGACCACAAGAUGGAAGUGGGAGGAGAGAUAUAUCUUUCUCCUGUGGCUCUCACACCUAUUCCUUGCACCUUUCGAUUUGUCCACAAUCUCAUCUGUCGAUCCAGGUGACGAGGAUCUGCCCAGCAUUGCUGGCUUCCAAUGGCCACCGGAUGUUCCUGGCAUCACCAUUAGAGUACUCCCACUUGCAAUGAAGUACCUGUCAUCCCCUGGAAAAGAACGAGACGCCGCCAAAACCCUUCUAGUUCGGAUCGCUAUGCGUCGAGACAUGCAGUCCUUGGGAAUCCUCGAUGCGCUUGUGAAGUGGGCGCUGCUUUCUCUCCGACCUCACAAGGACGCCCCUUCUCGGUCACCAUAUCAUUACAUCGGCAUACUGUCAUUUCUCGCAGGUCUUCUCUCGUCCUCUGCCGAUACAUCUGACAUGGACAAGUAUCUCAGUAGCGUAUUUUACGCAACUCACGAGCUCGCCUCGAGCACCGAUCCUGGCCUUGAAGCCGUGUCUUCGUCUGCUCUGGCGAGGAAAUUGAUGAUCAAAGUCAUCAGAUCAGCAGCCGUUCUUGUACUCCGCAAGUCCCCACAGGAUAUGGCAAGCACAGAGCUGGUCGAAUCAACCAUAGGCUUCCUCCUGGAGAGACUUGCGGACAACGACACUCCUGUUCGUUUUGCAGCAAGCAAGGCGCUGAGCAUCAUCACCCUGAAGCUUGACGAGGACAUGGCUUCGCAGGUCAUUGAUGUUGUGCUAGAGUCCCUCAACCGAAAUGUCCUCUGGGUCAAAGAUCCCACUAAUCCUUCGACGCCUCGCACUCGAGAUCUUACGUCGGUCGAUGCCCUUGAGUGGCACGGCUUGAUGUUGACACUUUCACAUUUGUUGUACCGCCGGUCCCCUCCCGCAGCAAGUCUCCCCGACAUUAUCCACGCCCUCAUACUUGGUCUAGAUUUCGAGCGGCGCAACGCUUCCGGUGGCUCAACCGGGACGAACGUCCGCGAUGCCGCUUGUUUCGGCAUAUGGGCCGUGGCGCGUCGGUACACGACCGCAGAGCUCCUCGCAGUGCCGACCAAGUCUUUGAGCGUGACACAGUCCAAUACGUCGCCGUUGUCUGUGCUCCAAGUCCUGGCAACAGAACUCGUUGUGACCGCGAGCCUGGACCCUGCCGGCAAUAUCAGACGCGGGAGUUCGGCGGCACUUCAGGAGCUCAUUGGGAGACACCCUGAUACAGUCAUCCAAGGCAUCUGGGUUGUACAGACUGUCGACUAUCAUGCCGUCGCCCUACGCUCGAGGUCCAUCUCUGAAGUCGCCCUGAAUGCUACGAAGCUAGCUGGCCAUUAUGGUCGAGCAAUUCUGGAAGGUCUCCUUGGCUGGCGAGGGAUCGGGGAUGCAGAUGCCUCGGCAAGGCGGACUACAGCGCUGUCUUUCGGAGCCAUCAUGGCAGAGCUUGCAUGCGCCGGUGGCAACACCCUUGGACCAGUAGUUGACGCUGUGGAUUUGAUCCUCCAGAAACUCAAGUCAUUGCAGCAACGGCAGGUUGAAGAACGUCACGGCCUUAUUCUCUGCUUCGCGGCCAUUCUCGACAAGCUCCCAGAACUGGCAGCACAUCAGUCCGGUGUUGAUAAGGAAACAUCAAAUCUGUUGAUGUCAAAGUCGAUAUCAGGUAUCCAGGGAAUCAUGACCGAGUGCAAGGAUAUCACAUUUCGACGCCCUGAGCUAGUUGCUGAAGCCGCAUCUCGCCUUGCAGUGGCAUCAUUUCCUAUCUUCCAGGCUGCAGUCCUCGGACCCGAAUCCCUCAACACGUUGCUACCCGGACCGAAACUUCUCGAGGCAGUCGACGACGGAACCUUCAUGACAGUUGUAUCGCCAAUAGACGCAAACUUGGGGCACUGGUCUGAAAAGUUUGAUAAUUUAGUGUCUCUGAUCCAGACAAACCUUCAGACCUGGCUUCUCAGACAGGAACAAGAUGUCAUCGAAGCCGCAGCAGAAGCCGCACUCAUCUCGUUGGUCUUUACACCGACACUGGACCAUGAUAAGUUCAAGGGCCGCGAAACCAUCUUGCGAGAGUGGGCUGCCUUGGUACGGGCACCCCCGACCUCUCGCGAGGGGACUGGGUUCGGCUACUUUUUCGCGCUCACCAUGGCACACCCCAUACUAGCCUGCAUCCCCCGCGGCGCGGCGGAAGACAACUCUCUCAUCUGCAGUGCAGUCCUGGAGAGAUGGGCGAGUGACAAGCGGGUCGAGACCAGAGUGGCGAUACUUCAAAGCUUGAUACGGGGUGAAGUCUUGUGGCAAAAUGUUCCCCUGUUUCUCGGGCUUGUCUCGGAAGGCCUCGAUGAUUACACAACAGCUGCGAGGGGUGACAUCGGCUCCCAUGUUCGACUCCAGGCCAUCCGAGCGACCAAGUCUCUGUGGGAGCGGCUCGGCAGGGAGUCUGCAAAUGACGAUUCGGCAGAAGCGGUCAUGUCUACGCUGUUCUUGAGGAUCUUGCGGCUGGCAGCAGAGAAGCUUGAUCGAGUGCGAGUUGAGGCCCAAAGGGUGCUCAGCCUGGCCCUGCAAACAAGCUACUGCCACGAUCUUGAGGAGUUCACGUUCUCAUCCAAGGCGUACUUCUGCUACCUGCUCAACUUGUUAGGGAGCGACCAUCUCCGGGAAUCAGUCCUCAAGACCGCCGGACAAGAUGCCGAGCGAUGGAUGGAGGAGCUGAUGGUAGGCUACGUCACCUCUGCCGACACUGGCAACGAGGAGCUCGUCAUCGCCAGCCGGGCCGCCCUGAGCGAGUACUGCGCGGCUUCGCAGGAGAACCGGGACCGGAUCUGCACGGCCCUGGUCCGCAACCUCAAGCGGCUCCAGGGCCAGGACCGCACCGUGGUGUCGACCCUCGAGAUCAUCGCGUAUCUCUUCUACGUGGACGUGUUCCCGCGCUGCGGGCAGGUCGACUACAAGAACCUCUGCCUGCAGGUGCAGAAGGCGGGCUACAAGACGGGCAACGUGCGCAAGCUGGAGGCCUGCGUCAAGGUCUACGGCGCCAUAGCGGGGGUGCGCGAGCAGGCAAACUUGGCCUCGCCGGCGCUGGAGGGCAAGAGGGCCGAGGGCAUGGCGGAGGCGAGGAAGAGGCUCGGGGCGCUCAUGUACCACCCGUGGCCGAGGAUCAAGAGCGUCGUCGUCGACGAGCUCUGGAGACUGCUCUCGGUUGGUGAUGAACCGCGCGCCGAGAAGCUCAAGAGCGUGGACUGGGGCAAGGCGGAGAAGAGCUCCAUCAAGUUCCUCGUGGAGGGACUGGGGCUCGCCUAA